AUGAAAACCCUGCUCCUGGUCUUUGGUCUGGGCCUCAUUGCUGCCGUGCAGGCACAGACUCUCCCAGUCAUGGAGGAGGAUCAGGAUGUCUCAGGCACAUGGUAUUUGAAGGCUGUGGCAUCAGAUAAGGGGAUUCCUGGGAAUCCUGGGUCUGUGUCUGUGACCCCAAUGACUGUCAAGAUCCUGGAGGAGGGAAGUGUGGAAAUCAAGUUCACUGCCCGGAUUGCAGGUCAGUGCCAGGAGAUAACCAUCGUCCUAGAGAAAACUGACGAGCCUGGCAAAUACACAGCCUUUGGGGGCAAGCAAGAGGUGUACAUCAUUAAGUCAGAUGUGGAGGACCAUUACAUCCUUUAUGUGGGCAAGCUGGCUGGUCAUCGGAUCCGAUUGGCAAAACUUGUGGGCAGAGACCCUGAAAUCAACCAGGAAGCCCUGAAGGAUUUCGAGAAGGUCGUAGGAACCAGAGGCUUCAACUCCAAGAACAUCUUCGUUCCCAAGCAAACGGAAACCUGCUCUCCAGGAAGUGAUUAG